AUGUUCACCGCAACUUAUCGCAAUCUUUCAUAUGUGCUCCUGUUAUACCUGAGCUUCACCACCUUCCUAUUCCAGACAGUAUCAUGCCUCGCCGUGCCUUCAUCUGAGGAUACUUCCAACGAUAACUCCAAGCGAGCUGAUGAGUCUGGCGAUGUCUAUUUGCUCGGCGUCGGCAAAGCUGACGUGACUGGUCCUGUCGUCGAGCUUAAUCUCAUGGGAUAUGCCGACCUCGGGCAGAUAGGAACAGGCUUGCGUCAGCGACUCUACUCUCGCGCUUUCAUCGUUGGCAAUCCAGAUGAGCCCGAAGAGCGAUUUGUGUACUUGGUGUUGGAUACCCAGUCUGGCGAUACUGCUAUUCGCAGAGGUAUUCUGGAAGGCAUUGCGGCUCUUGGAUCAGAGUAUUCCGUCUACACGACUGAUAAUGUCGCUGUCACCGGAACACAUUCACACGCUGGACCAGCAGGUUGGAAUAACUACCUCAUGCCCCAAAUCUCCGCUCUAGGAUUCAAUAAGCAGGCUUACCAGGCCAUUGUUGACGGUGCAGUUCUGUCCGUCAAGCGGGCACACGAGAACCUUGCCAAGGGCCGUCUCAGCGUAGGCAAGAUUCGCAUCGAAGACGUCAACAUCAACCGAAGUCUUUAUGCGUAUCAGGCCAAUCCAAAGUCUGAGCGUGAUAAGUACCAGGAUGAGGUCGACAAGGAAUUGACCAUGCUCAAAUUCACUCGCGACUCAGACCAUAAAGUCACUGGUGUCUUGACUUGGUUCUCGGUUCAUGGUACAAGUCUUUACAUGAACAAUACCCUUGUUGCUGGCGAUAAUAAGGGCGUUAGUGCAUAUCUGUUGGAGCAAGCUGUACGUGGAACUAAUGGAGCGACUGAUGACUUUGUGGCUGGAUUCUCUCAAGCGGCUGUCGCAGACACUACCCCAAAUGUAGAAGGAGCCUGGUGUGAAGAUGGUUCAGGACAGCAGUGUGACUUUAAGGAUGCAACUUGUGGUGGCAAAAUUGAAACUUGUCAUGGAAGAGGACCUUUCUGGGGCUUGAAUGACGGAGGCACCAAGUCAUGCUGGGAAAUCGGUCGUCGCGUCUUCAAGCAGGCGGAUAAACUAUAUGGUCAGAUGCAAGACGGAGAUGGUGUUCCCGUUACUGGAAAGAGUGUUCUCGGAUAUCACGCCUUCCAGGACUUUUCCGACUUCGCCUUUCAACUUCCUAAUGGCACAUCAGCCAAGACAUGUGCAGCAGCCUUUGGAUACUCGUUUGCCGCUGGAACUACCGACGGCCCUGGAUAUUUCGACUUCAAGCAGGGUGAUUCAGGUGAACCUGAUGCUAGUCCUUUCUGGGCUCUUGUAUCAAAGUUUUUGCGCAACCCUACCAAGGAGCAAGUCGCGUGUCAGUCACCCAAGCCGAUUCUCAUUGAUGCUGGUGAGAUUACACUGCCUUAUGCUUGGGCUCCCAAUAUCGUCGAUAUCCAGAUGCUUCGUGUCGGUAAUUUCUUCAUCAUUGUUUCAGCACCUGAACUUACGACGAUGUCUUCGCGACGUUGGCGCAAGAGUAUCAGUGAUGAGAUAGAGGAUAGAGGUGGUGUUGAAGGUGAUCCAAUUGUUGUCGCUGGUGGGCCUGGUAAUACAUACGCGCAUUACUGCACCACGCCUGAAGAGUAUGAUGUACAGCGCUACGAAGGUGGCUCAACUGUCCACGGCAGGCAUAGUCUGGACGCCUACAUCAACCUUACUACGAGCUAUCUCGGAUACCUCCUCCAGGAAAAGGGCGCCUCAAAGCCACCGACUGGUCCAUCUGCACCUGACAAUCGAGACAACUCCAUCUCUCUCACCACAGGCGUAGUUUGGGAUAAUCCCAAGAUCGGCACAAAAUUCGGCGAUAUCAUCGAAGACGUUGGCAAGUCAAAGUAUGCAGUUGGCGAUACCAUCACUGCUACUUUUGUGGGAGCCAACCCUCGCAACAACCUUCACCUUGAGGAUACUUAUGCGGCAGUUGAGAAGAAGGACGGCUCGAAGUGGGUUCAGGUUCGGACUGACGAAGAUUGGGAUCUUGUGUUUGAGUGGACGAGGCUUGAUGGGUUGCUUGGGUCUAGUGAGGUUGCUAUUACCUGGGAGACGGGAUGGCAGGAUGCCAAGGAUAUCAGUGCUGGGACGUACAGGUUGAGCUAUUAUGGUGAUAGCAAGACUCCUAUUACGGUCACCCCCUCAUUGAGCGCUUUUGAGGCCAUCACCACCAGUAUGUCGACUGUAGACGCAGACCACGUUCUUCAUCCAGAUGAGCAGAUCACCGAUGAUGCCGACUCGUCAAUUGGGACAGAUGCCACCUCAUCAACAACGAGCAUCUCAAGCUCCAUUUUGAACUAUCGCCAUGAGAACGGUAGAACUUACCACGGCUACAGAGACGGAACCUUUCUAGAAUAUCAUCUCCCGAAUGACCAGAUCGAGAAUGAGCGUCUAGACCUUCAGCAUAACCUUUUCCUCCUAACAUUCGGAGACAAACUUGGUCUUGCUCCGCCCAAUGACUCAGGCGCAAAGAUUGCACACGUACUUGACAUAGGAACGGGAACCGGGAUAUGGGCCAUUGACUACGCAGAUGAGCAUCCAGAAGCUGAGGUCAUUGGGGUUGAUCUCUCACCAAUUCAACCAGCUUUCAAUCUUAAGCCUGGUGGCUAUGUGGAGAUUCAAGAAACUGGAGGUAUUAUUCUCUCCGAGGACGGCACUCUUACCCCGGAUCACGCCCUCUCCAGAUGGUGUAGCCUUCUCGGGGAAGCUUUUACUAAGCUUGGAAGUACCUCCAUCGAAUUCGACGAGAUAAAGGCUAUUAUGCAAGAAGUCGGCUUUGUCGAUAUAGUCGACAAAAGAUUUAAGUGGCCCACCAAUCCGUGGCCUCGGGAUAAGAAGUAUAAAGAGUUGGGAACAUGGAAUAAUUACAACGCUUCGAACGCUUUGGAGUCGUUGACCAUGGCGUCAUUUUCGAGGGCUCACGGAUGGUCGCGGGAAGAGGUUAUUACGUUCCUUGUUGAUGUGCGGAAGGAUCUGAAUAAUCCGAGCGUUCAUGCUUAUAAUCCCAUAUGUUCUAUCUAUGGAAAGAAACCUGAUGCUUGA